UAAAAGGUAAACUAAUUAAUUAUGAUUAAUAGUAAUAAUAAAAAUAUUAAUAAAAAUAUUUUAAACAUAAUAUAUAUUUAUUAAAUUUUUCAAAUAUAUUAUAAUUUAAUAAAAUAUAAAAAAAGUAAUAAUUUUUCAAGUAGGCCAUGGAAAAAUUUUGUAUAUAUAUAUGUAAUAUAUGUUUAUUGUAUUAAUUUUAUAUACAUUACUUUUAAAGUAAUAUUUAUUAACAAAAAAAUUUGUGCAAUAUUAUAUAAUUCAAAUUUGAUUAAAUUUAAAAACUUUGAAGAAGUCUUAUAAGUGUAUUAACCUACAUAUUUAAAUAUUAAAAUUUUUCAAAUUAUAAUCUUUUUUUAAAUAAAUGAAAUUAAUUUAUAAAAAAAUGUACUAAAAUUAAAUUUUAUAUAAUUCUAAUUAAUAUCAUUAUUGAACAAAGAGAAAAAAAUAUAUUUCCAAAUAAUAAAUUACACUUAAAAAUUAUUUAAAAUUUUUCGUUCUGUCCAAAAAAUUAAUGAUUAAUAUAAUUUAUUAUACAUAUACAUAUUUCAAAUACAUGAAAAAAAAAGAGAAACUAGACUUUUGUUCUAGUUUAAUAAUUUUACAUUUAAUAAAAUUUAUAUACAAUUUAUAAUAUAUAUAUUUAUUAUAUACAUCUUUAUUAUAUAUAUAUUUAUAUUUUUAAAAUUUAAAAUGCAUUUUGUAUGCUCUUUAAAAAACACUGCAUUAUCAAAUAUAUCAUAUAUUCUUCAAAAACAAAACCAUAGAUCUAUGAAAAUAAUGACUAUAAGAGAAGCAUUAAAUUCAGCUAUUGAUGAAGAAUUAGCACGAGAUCCAAGAGUAUUUAUUUUAGGAGAGGAAGUUGCACAAUAUGAUGGUGUUUACAAAAUAACAAAAGGUCUUUGGAAAAAAUAUGGUGAUAAAAGAGUAAUUGAUACUCCUAUAACAGAAGCUGGAUUUUGUGGUUUAGCUAUUGGAGCAGCACUUGCUGGUUUAAGACCAAUAUGCGAAUUUAUGACAUUCAAUUUUUCAAUGCAAGCUUUUGAUCGAAUUGUAAAUGGUGCUGCUAAAAAUUUCUAUAUGACUGGAGGAAAAUUUUCUGUACCUAUUGUUUUUCGUGGUGCAAAUGGUAAUGCUAAAGGUGUAGCAGCACAACAUUCCCAAUGUUUUGUAGCAUUGUACACACAUAUACCUGGCUUAAAAGUUAUGUCUCCAACAACUUGUGAUGAUUAUAGAGGUUGUUUCAAAGCUGCUAUUCGAGAUCCUGACCCAGUUGUAAUGUUAGAAAGUGAAAUGAUUUAUCAUAUUCAAUUUCCUACAUCAGAUGAAGCUAUGGAUAAAGAUUUUAUUAUACCUAUUGGUAAAGCUAAAAUUGAAAAACCUGGUAAACAUAUUACUUUAGCUACACAUGGUUUAGCUGGUGUGCAUACAUUGAAAGCAGCAGAACUUCUGGCAGGAGAAGGAAUAGAAGCAGAAGUGGUUAAUUUACGUUCUCUUAGGCCAUUAGAUUGGGAUACACUUUUUAAAUCUAUUUCAAAAACUCAUAGACUUAUGACUAUUGAAUUAGGAUGGCCUACAUGUGGAAUAGGUGCUGAAAUUGUGGCAAGAGUUAUGGAAAAUCCAGUAUUUUUCCAACUUGAUGCACCAGCUGUACGUUGCACGGCUAUUGAUGUACCUACACCAUAUGCAGAAAAUCUUGAAUAUGAAAGUUUACCAAAAGACCAUCAUAUUGCGGAUUUUGCUAAAAAACUUUGUGGUGUAGCAAAAAUAUAACUUUAUUAAUUUAAUUAAUUUAAUUAAUUCUAAAAUAAAAAUAAAAUAACUUCGAAAAUAAAAAUUAUAGAAUAGAAUAAUAGAAUUUAUUGUUAAAAAACUUUAUGGUAUAACAAAAAUGUAACUUUAUUAAUCUUUUUUGAGAAUAAAAAUUUAUUUAUUAUAAA